ACACAAACAAAAAACAAACAUUAAUACUUACACUUUUAUAAGAAUUGACAUUUUUAUUUGCGUGGCAUUAAACAAAAAAAUUAGAAAAACCUCUCGGUCAAGGUGGCUCAAGUACCAGAAACACUACCAAUCUGAUACUACUAAAGUCACUGAAAAAAUAAACAACACGUGAGAGUGAAGUUUGAGGUUAUGCUUAGUGUUUGAAAGUGUUUAAUUGAUUAAAAAUGGGCACACCGUCGAAUCCCAAGAUCCACAAUGUGCGAUUUUAUAAACCUAAACCUAAGGCAGUUUACUGUAUGGCUCUCUCUCUGGAAAAUAAAUUAGCCGUGUCGAGGUCUGAUGCAAGUAUUGAAAUAUGGAAUCUGACUCACUGUGCCUUUAUCGAACGCACAAUUGCGUCGUCGACUGAAAAUUUUAGUAUUGAGGGCCUCGCAUGGUGCGAUUCUCGCUUGUUUAGUGUGGGGCUUCACGGGCUUUUAGUUGAGUACGAUUUGGUGAAAUUGGAUGUGAAAAGUCGGUCUGUGGUCACCGGUGAGGCCGCUUUCUGUCUAGAUGUGAACAAACAGAAAACUCAAAUCGCGAUUGGGACAGAACAGGGAUAUUUGAACAUUUUCCAAGUAACGGAGGAUGAGGUGUUGUUUGAGAAGUUUUUAGAUAAGCAAGAGGGGCGUAUUUUGGCAAUAAAGUUUGAUAAUUCUGGAGAAUUUAUCGUGUCUGGGAGCAUGGAUGCGAUCCGCAUUUGGAGCGUUAAAACAAACCAAGCGUUACAUAAAAUGAUCCCUGGCCGUGCUGAGCACAAUAAACCGACUAUAGUGUGGUGUCUUGCCAUCACCCAAGACUUCACAAUAAUCAGCGGCGACUCCCGUGGGAUUUUGACUGUUUGGGAUGGUAAAGUGGGGGCCCAGCUUGAAUCAUAUCAAUCACACCGCGCCGAUAUCCUUUCACUUUGCCUCUCAGAAGACGGAGACUCCCUUUAUUGCGCCGGUAUUGACCCCAACAUAGUCAAUUAUGUCCGAAUUGAGGUCAAAGAAGGGGCUCAUAAGUGGGUCCGUAGCAUCCAACGAAAAAUCCACGACCACGACGUUCGCGCCCUCGCCCUCAACGGCAAUAAAUUGUACUCGAGUGGGGUUGACGGGUACUUGACUUGUAGUUAUCACCCCCCGAAAACUCUUCUCAAGUACCCCCCAAUUUUGCAAAACCCGUGUGUGACUAUAUGUGCAAAAGCGCGGUACGUGAUGUUACGUUACCCCAAAUUUAUCGAAAUUUGGAGUCUUGGGGAGACUGGGGGCGAGCGUGAUAAACACACGGGGCUGUACCAAGUCGAGAAAGCCCCCCGGAAGUUGGUGGUGUUGCAAAAAGUGGUGACCGACGACGAAGGGGUUGAAAAAAAGGAAGGGAUUAUUUGUAGUACCAUUUCGGAUGAUGGUACUCUAAUUUUGUAUAGUACGAGAUUAGGGGUUAGGUUACUGAAGUUAGAUUGUGGGGAAACUACCCCUAAAUUAGUCCCGAUUGAGUCAGAGGGGCUAGGGGUGGCUCCCUGUGUCAAUGCAAAAUUUACGAAAGAUAAUCGGUUGAUUUUGGCGCCAAAUUCUGGGGGUUUACAGGUUGUGGGGUUAGACUCUAGUAACUGUAACACUGUCUUGAUACAAAAUAUAAAUACAGAAUCAGAAUUUGGGGAUACGAUUGUGUUAUUGGCGGUGGCUGACUCCGCCCAAUUUUUGGUGGGGGGUGAUGUUAGAGGUAAUAUUGCUGUGUGGACUUUGAAGAAUGAUCAAUAUGUUUUUUAUUGUAAAUUACCAAAAUAUAAAUUAAGUCCGACUGCGAUGGCUAUUCAACCAAAUUCAACGAAUUUAGUUGUUGCAUUUAAUAAUAAUAAUAUUAUUGAAUAUGAUUUGAAUAGGAGAGAAUUGACGAAAUUUUCGAGGUUUUUAUCAAGAAAUAUUCCGAAACAAUUGACGGCUAGGUUUUCACCAAUUCGGAAUAUUACUUUCGAUCCGAGGGUAAAUCACGUGAUCAUUUUGCAUGAUGAUGACAGCGUUUUGGUCAUCGACAAAGAAAAGACUGUGACCAACAACGAAUCCAAGAAACGAAAAACCCACGGCGAAAGCAGCGACCAGAUCGUCGUUCGUUGUAUCAAAAAAUACAAACACCUGGUGCACCUGAGCUGGAUUUCCGAGGAUGAAAUGGUGGCAGUGGAGGUCAAUCCUUUGAGUCUCAUCGAACAACUACCCCCGUGCCUGGUCCAAAGUACUUUCGGUCGGAAAUAAAUUGUGUUUUAAUAAAUAAA